GGUAAAGCUGUGAUUCUGUGAAGUGGCAGUGGUGCACAACAAAAUGUCAAAACCCUCCUAAAACCCUCGCCCUGCCCAAACAACACGCCCACCGUGCAGAGCACAGCUUACAAAAUCAAAAUAGGGGAAGCUCUUCGAAUUUCGAAAGCAAAAGCGGACUAAGUCCAACCAAAUGCAAUUCAUCUUCCGCUCUCUCCCAGAGCGAUUCUCUGUGUCCCACUUCGACCGCCGCCGGACUUUCGUGGAUACCACUUUCAAAUGGGCCCGAGACCGCGGCCUCGACCACGUCGUGGAGAGAGAGAAGAACCUCAGGCCUUUGCUCAACCUCAAAAACUUCAUCAAAUCCGAGCCCUCUAAGUCCGUCCCCGUCUCCAUCAUCACGCAGAACCGCGACUCCCUCCAGAUCCCCGUCCGCUCAAUCGACUUCAUCCGCAAAUACCCUUCCGUUUUCGAAGAAUUCCUCCCUGGCGGCAUCGGCAUCCACCCCCACAUCCGGCUUACUCCCGAAGUCCUUAACCUCGACGCCGAAGAGCAGUUGGUUUAUCAGAGCGAGACUUAUAAGAAACAGGCCGCCGACCGGGUUUUGAAGCUCUUGAUGAUAUCCAGGGCCAACAAAAUACCGCUGAGUAUUGUCGAUCGCUUGAAAUGGGAUCUGGGUCUUCCUCGAGAUUAUGAAAAAACUAUCUUCCCCGAGUUCCCGGACUAUUUUCAAAUCGUAGGUGACAGAGAUUCUUCAAAAGGGUCGGAGGAUAGGCGUGUUUUGGAGCUCGUUUGUUGGAGCAAUGAGCUUGCGACUUCGGUUAUGGAGAAAAUGGCAACGAAAGGGAAAUUGGAUUAUGAAAAGGGAAUGGCUAUAGCGUUCCCUUUGCAAUUUUCGAGAGGUUUUGAGAUGGACAAGAAGUUGAAGAAGUGGGAGGAUGAGUGGCAGAAGUUGCCUUACAUUUCUCCAUACGAGAAUGCGUCUCACUUGCUGCCAAAGAGCGACGAAUCGGAUAAGUGGGCUGUUGCGGUUUUGCACGAGCUUCUUCAUAUUCUCGUUUCUAAGAAGACUGAGAAGGACAAUAUACUGCACCUUGGAGAGUAUUUGGGGCUUCGGUCGAGGUUUAAGAGAGCACUGCUUCAUCACCCGGGUAUAUUCUAUUUGUCGAGUAAGAUUGGAACCUACACUGUGGUUUUGAAGGAGGGUUACAAGAGGGGCCUGCUAGUUGAAAAUCAUCCAUUGAUGAUUAUGAGGAAUCGGUAUAUUCACCUUAUGAACACGGUGAAGGAAGAUAGCAAACAGAUUAAUAUACCGGCUGGAAAUAGUCGAAAGAAAAAGCAGACAGGUCAUGAUGAGAAGGGAAAAGAGGAGGAAGAGAAUGAUGACAAAAGUGGAGAGGAGGAUGAACAGGAGCUGGAUGAUUCAUCGGAUGCUGAGGUUGAGGAUGCUAGUGAACAUGAAUACGAUAAUGAUGAUCGCGAUGAAGAGGAUGAAAAUGAGAGUCGCAGAGGUUUUCAAAAACAUGUUGUGGAUAACAGAGGAAAGAAAGGCAGGAAAACAAUAUUGGGUGAGAAGGGACCAUGGAGAAAAUCUGAGAGCAAAAGGGCAGUUGGAAAACAACCUGUUAAGACAAGGGAAAAAGCUCCAUCGAAAGUUCAUAGAAGGGCAAAGAUGCAUGGUAGUAAUAAUGUCCGGGGCAGUUCACGAGAACGAUCAAUUUUACCUAAAAGCAGAGAGAGGUCAUUGCCAGACAAGAGGACUUUUACUCAGUAAAGAUUCAUAUUAUUUGAUGCAACAAUAUAUCAGCAGCUUUCCUGAAGUAAAUGGUGAUCAGAUCAGGCAGUUACUGGCACGGUCAUCUUAAAGAAAGGGAGCUGGUUCACAUGAGAGGAGUUUCAAUUUCGGUGACUUCAGCAAAGCAAGCAGAAGCUUAUGCUAUCUGAGAAGCCAUUUUUUGGGCAAAACAGAAUUCCUGAAGUACAGCGAAGUAUUGGUGGAUACUAGGUGAGCUUUGCAGGAUGCAAGUGGAAGAAAUCAUGGUGACUGGUAAGUCAAUUCAAUUGUGAAUUGCUUCUUUCAGGGUCGUGGCUAAAUGCUUAAUCUUGUUGCACAUGAGGCAUCUAGAGCUCUUCUUAUAUUGCCCAACACCUUCUUCUUCUUUUUGUUUUCUUUUUUUAAUUGUUAAUGCCUCCUCCCUCUCCCCUUUUCUUCCUGAAGCUUGUUCUUUUCUGGUAAAGGUUGUAUUCUAUGUGAGGGAUGAAGGGUAUAAAGAUUGCUAAUCAGAAGUUUCAG